AUGUCCAAGUCAUUCUUCCUAGCCGGCGAAGAGCCCUCUACUGCAAUUGAUGUUGACAUCUCCUCCGCUACGGAUUUCGAUUCGUUGAAGUUGGUCAUCGCCGGCAACUUUGCUAUCGCUGAUCAAACUGGAAUUGCGUUCCAGGCUGAUGGGGAACAAUUGCCCGACUUUGAUGCGGUGAAGGAGGCAGAUGUACCAGUUGGCAUCACCAUUGAUGGCCAUUCGGUGCGAGAAGUUCCCGGUGCUGAUGGGCUUCCCUUCUUUGGAAACUACUUUGAAGUCUUUCCCGACCACCUUGGAAAUCAUCAACGUCUUUUCGAUCGAUAUGGACCCAUCUUCCAGGAGAGCAACAUGGGACGAACAAGCUAUCAGAUCAACGAUCCCAAGCUUGCGGAGAUAGUCUUUGCUGAAACAGACUUUUUCACCAAAGACAUCAACUCAAACCACCCUCUCUACCCCAUCAAGGAUCAGGAAGCAGGUGUCUUCCUUGCGGACACCAGCAGUCCCUCUUGGAAGAUCGUCCACAAAUUCAUGCCUCCUGCCCUCGGACCAAAGGCUGUUCGUCACUAUGCGCCUACGAUGAAUGCAACUAUCAACUCUGCCAUUCCCAUCUUCGACCAGCUGGAAGAAACCGGCGAAGCUUGGAAUGCAUACCAGUACAUGCUCAAACUCGGUUCCGAGGCCAUUGGAAAACUGGUCAUGGGCAUGGAGUUUAAACAAUUCGAGUCUGUCGAUGCCCCAAUGCACGAGAUGGUACAGGCUAUUGCUUUGAGUCUGUCUUUGAACAAGAAAAUCGCCACUCACGGAGAUUGGUACGCCAACCUACCUUUUGGCGACCCCAAAAAGCUCAGAGAUCUUCAAUCCUACCAGCGAAAGCAGAUUGAGAARUCCAUCGAGGCCGCAGCUUCCUCUGGUUCCGAGGACCUCGAGCUCCAAGAAGCGGCACUCAAGGCAGCGAAUGUCAUUGAUUAUCUCAACCGUGCAACUGAUGGUCAGGGAAACAAAUUACCAAAGGAGAACCUUGUCAGCGCUGUCAUCGUGGCUGCAGGUGCUGGAUUCGUGACUACAUCGACUCUUCUCUCAUGGCUCCUCUACGGCCUCGUUUCAUAUCCAGGCAUGCAGGAACGGCUUCUGCAGGAGCUCGUCGACAACGACUUCUCCGACGAUACAGAAGUGACUCCCGAAUUGAUCGAGAAGCUUACUUUCCAAGACAACUACAUCAAAGAGAUGCAACGUCUCCACAACCCUUCAUAUCAACCAGGUCGAACAGCAAAAGUAGAUCUCAUCCUUCCCGGUGGCUACAAGAUCAAAAAAGGAAGUGUCAUCAUCGGCGCCAUCCACCACAUCCACAACAACGCCCAAUACUGGGAAAACCYGGCCAAGUUCGACCCCGAUCGCUGGUCAACGGACCAAGUCAAAAAUCUCCCCAAAGCCGCCUACAUUCCCUUCGCAACGGGUCCUAGAAUGUGCAUAGGUUUCAAUUUCGCUUUGCAGGAGAUGAAGAUUUUCCUCCCGAAAUUGAUUUGGAGGUAUCAGUGGCAUAAAGAAGGGGAGACUGCUGUCGAGUAUGAUCCGUUUUUUCAGCUUAUUCGUCCUGUGAACCUUUAUGUUCGCACGACGAAGCGGAGUGAGAGACCUAGUAGGAGUGAUAGCUUUCAGUCUUGA